UAAGUGCUUGUUGCUAGGCCUACAUGAAUAAAGUAUAUUUGAAUUGAAUUGAAUUGAAGCUGAAUCAGCGCUAUGGCAAAUGGCGUCGCUGCGCAAUUGCGCCAACGCUGCGUCGAGCAGCAGCCGUAGAGUUGACUAGACGUCGACGCUCGGGAGACGCUAGGGUCGGGUGGAUCUAAGGGUUGGAUUAAUAAGUUAAUAACUGUGUGGAUGGCAGGCCCUCUGUACCUACUUUUAUUACCACGUCGCCGGUAGCUUAUCUUAUAUUAUUGUCAGACACAACAAAUUAUUUUUUUAUGUCACUGACCUAAAUAUUAAACUUAAUUAGUGUUUGGAUCAAAUACUUCCAUACUAUUUUAUAUUACAACGAUUAGCAAUUUGAUAAGUACAAACGUCAAAGCUCAUUAAACCUACUGCUUAUAGUGCUUAUAUACACGGUAGUAAUUAUAACCAAUUAUUUCCUUAAGAUAAUAAACAUCUCUAAUUAACUAACGAUAACCUCGAACUCAUGUUUGCGACAAUAGCAGAAAAUAUAUAAAGGGAAAUGUAAAUACUUGCGCCGGCGCCAAUACGGAUCGUCAGCGGAAAAUACCCCAUAUCAUUGGUCCAUUGAAAAUAAGCCAAUCGGAAAAGCGCAAAAGGGUUUUAGAUGGUGCAUUGAAAACGACGCGAACCUCGACUUUAAUGCGAUCGUUAUAAAAGUGUGCAUGAUGUGCAACUGCAACGCAGUCACGCCCGAAAUCCCAACUUUAAUGUCAAGGGUAUAAGGGCGUCGUAACCAAGGGACCAAUGCCGGAGUGCGUGCCUGAUGGUGGGGGGAGGCGUGGUCUGCGCGCACGCACUGCGUGAACGUCUGACAGUGCGUGGACGCGGCGGCGUGGCUUAUAGUCGGUUUAGAAUUUGUACCACGAUAACGUAAGAGUUCGUAUUUGGAACGCUUGCUACGUAAAUCGAGUGUCAUUUUUGCGCUUUCUUGUUUUAAAAUUUAUAUAUUGUUGACCGUAAUAAAAAUUUAAAUCGGACUUUUGAAUUUGGAAUAAAAACGUUAAAAAUCUUAGUUUUUGAGUAAGGGAUUGUAAGUGAACAUUGCGUUUAGUUUCUUAGUGAAGUUACCACAAUGUGCACAGUUGAAGACAGCUGGCUUUUCUCCAACUUUGCUAACCUGGAUUUGAUGAAGAAUGAGGAUCUGAUAAAGCAUGAAGUGUCGAUGAUGUCGGCCGUCAGCGGCACAGGCGACCAGCUACUCCGCCGUGUGAAACAAGAGGCCGAACCACCACCACUCCCGCGCCCCAUGCUGAUGCAGCAAGAGAUGGAACUUGAGCCCAAAGAAGAGGUGAAGUACUGCGUAUCGCCCGGCGAAGGCAUCGUCGGCAACACCAGCCCCGACCAGCAGCACUGCUCUUCCACCACCGCCGCUGCACCAAGCGCUAGAGAUGACGAUGCACCUAGAAGGCUUUGUCUUGUGUGCGGGGAUGUUGCGUCUGGGUUCCACUACGGAGUGGCCAGCUGUGAAGCUUGCAAGGCGUUCUUUAAGAGGACAAUCCAGGGCAACAUAGAAUACACCUGUCCAGCCUCGAACGAAUGCGAGAUCAACAAGCGGCGCCGCAAGGCGUGCCAAGCGUGCCGCUUCCGCAAGUGCCUGCGCACGGGCAUGCUGCGCGAGGGCGUGCGCCUGGACCGCGUGCGCGGCGGCCGCCAGAAGUACCGGCGCGCCGCCGAGCCGCCGCCGCAGGCGCGCCCGCACCUCGACGACAUCAAGAUCCUGGAAGUCCUGUCCUCGUACGAGCCGGAGCCGUUCACGUGCGGCGCCCCGCCGGCCGGCGUCACGGAGCCCGCCGCCCGGACCCUGGCGCUGCUGGCGGACCUCUAUGACAGGGAGCUGGUGGGCGUCAUCAGCUGGGCCAAGCAGAUACCUGGCUUCACAGACUUGCAGCUUAAUGAUCAGAUGCGUCUCCUCCAAAGCACAUGGGCAGAGAUGUUAUCCCUCAUGCUGGCGUAUCGGUCACAAACCACCGGCGGCGGCGCGCUACGACUGCGUUUCGCCACCGACUUGCAACUGGACGAGCAACAGGCGAGAGACAUCGGGGCAGGAGAGCUGUUCGCACAGGUGGCGGGCGUGGUGCGGCGGCUGGAGCGCGCGGCGGCGCUGCGCGAGGAGUGCUGGCUGCUGAAGGCGCUGGUGCUGGCCAACUCCGAGGCGCGCAUCGAGGAGCACGCCGCGCUGCGCCGCUUCCGCGACGCCAUCCUGGCCGCCCUCAACGACGCCGUGUCUGCCCUCAGGCCGUACAACGCGGGCGCGGCGCUGCAGCAGCUGCUGCUGGUGCUGCCCGCGCUGCGCCACGCCGACGUGGCCGUGCGCCGCUUCUGGGCGCAGGUAUAUCGUGACCGGCGGGCUCCGAUGAACAAACUGUUCGUGGAAAUGCUGGAGGCGUGCCUGCGGUAAGCUGCAGGUCGCACCUAACCCCUGGAAGCAAACUUAGAACGGUGCAAAACCCAGAUGUAAUCUGAAAGUUCUGGACUGAUAGCAGACGGUGCAAAAUGCAGAUAUAAUCUGGAAGUGAACGAGUGCCGAGUGAUUAUGCUAGGUCCAGGUCUAACCUGGAACACAGCUGGAGGACCUGGAGUGUUUGUUUGUGUAAUGAAGAUAACGAACUUGAAGAUAAUGCUGUGAAAUGGAUAAUAUACUUGAAGAAUAUGGGGAAUAAUAUAAAACAGACAGAAAAGUGAUUGGAAUAAGUACAGGUCUAACCUAAAACGGAUGUAAUGUAGAACUAAGUUUGGGCGGUGCCAUAUCUAGAUAUUUACGAACUUCUGAAAAAAAAUUGAUGUUUAUUGAAGAGCAAUAAAAAUAUGAUGUGAUUAGAAAGAUCUGCGUGUGAAAUGUGGAAAUAGCAAUCGAAAUAACGUAAGAACAUUAAUGAAAAUGCACCGUCAAGUGGGACUUAUAACAGUGACAGUACUAGUACCUGGUACUAGGUACUUAGUGACUAAAUACUAGUGACUGGAUACUAGUGACUCAGUGGUUGGAGCUGGUAUGACCUCAAGUUAUUAUUUAAGUGUUUGGCGCGGGGUGCGGAUUUAGUUUUCAUGAAAAUUCUACAUAUCAUUCUGUCGUUUAGUAUACAUUUAACUCUGCUUUCAGUCAUUAUGUUAAUUUUAGAUAUUCUGACUGUUGGAUAAUUUUAUAUUCAACAAUUUUUGUUUUCAGCAAUACAUUUUAUAUAUCGUUGUCUAAGUACCCUCAACACAAGCCUUAUUGAGCUUACUAUGGGACUUAGUCAAUUUGUGUAAUAAUGUCCUAUAAUAUUUAUUUAUUAUUUAUUUAUUUUAAUUACUAAUUCAACUAAAGUUUUUUUAUUAUUAUUAUUGGAGAUGAUGUGAGACAGUUGCGUUGAGAUAGUUUAAUAUUUUUACGGUAGAUGUCGCUAGACGCUAUGGCGUAGCAAUAAUAUCAAUAUUUGUUUAUAAAAUAUUCUAUUUUUAAAUACAUAAUGUAGAUGUUCUAACGGUCAGAAUUUUCAUAGUAUAUAAAUAUAAAUUAUGUGUUGACAGAUUGCGAGUUUGUUCUGUAGGCUGUGAAAUGGCAAUCUUGGGGUGUCUGUAAAUCUGUCACUGUCAAUUGUCCGCCCCGCGCCGCGAUGUACAAACGGACGUUCUAGUACAAAACUUGUUACUAUUUUUGUAUAUUAAAUAUAUAUUAGGAUUACGGUAAGGAUCGAGAUUUAGUAAGGUUGAAUACUUUAAUACAGGGUGGUGCGUUAUACAUAGAGAUGGCCAUAUAUGAAGUUAGAUUUGGUAACAUUUAUUGGAGUUAAAAGUAUAGUGGGUCUGUCACUAUGUAUCUGGAUUGACUAAGAAGCAGUAUUUCGAGAUGUUUGUCAAAUUUGUCCAAUUGUUUUUUGUCUUGUCACUGGGAGUUUGACAGUUGAGUUUUUCAAACGUAAAAAUGUACAAAAAUACACUUAUUUAAAUGUUACUGCAGUCUUUUUGUGCACUUUAACUGCCAAUUAUUAGCACUACUGGCAGUGACUAAACUUAUUGUACACUGAUUGACAGACAGGGCAUACUGACGGCAUAUUUUAAAUAUCUGUAAUAAUUCAUGCUUAAAAUAGUAUGUACUUUUUAAAGUAAAAAUCAAAUUCAUUAAAUCACGAAUUAGCUUUAAAACAGAUGUAAUAUCUAUCUGAUUUCUAAAAAAAGAUAGACGUCUGUCAAAAGUAUCGUAUGAAACAUGUCAACUGUCAAACGUAUACAGGGUGAGGCUUAUUGACUGCGCUUUAGUUCCAAUUAUUAUUGACAUUUGACACGUGAACAAAAUAUGUUCUCUAGAAAUUUCAUUAAAUAAUUCCCGUAAGUCGUAUUCGGCAUUUAUGGUUGUUUCUUGUUUGUAUUUACCGUUAUUUGCUUGUAUUGAAUACGUCUUUGUACAAAUUGUUGAAUGAGAUUGUAUUAAAUACUGUUAAGAUGUAGUAUAUUGGGUAACGUUUGAGUGGUCAAUACUUGGGUGUAAGUUUGGCACACAUGAUAUUUCACCCUGUAUAUUUGUGUUAUAAAGAUGGAUGCAAUUUAUACGGGUUUUUGUAUUUAUAUGAAUCGAAAUUACAACUAUCUAAAUAUUUGGUGUCAAAUUUGUAUUGCAUCAUUCAAAUGGCGCCCGAUUAAGUAUAAAAAAAAAUAAUUAAAGUAUUGUCAAAUUCGAUAGCCAACCAUUUUACUAUUUUGUCAUUUAUACAAAUUUGAACCAUCUUAUGACAUUGAAGAUCCCGGGUGGAGCCUGUAACAGGAGCAACAAAUUUAACUGUAGGCUGCACUCAAACUUUUUUUUUAUACUAUGUCGGCGGCAAACAAGCAUACGGGCCGCCUGAUGGUAAGCAGUCUCCGUAGCCUAUGUACGCCUGCAACUCCAGAGGAGUUACAUGCGCGUUGCCGACCCUAAACCCGCCCCCCCCUCGUUGAGCUCUGGCAACCUUACUCACCGGCAGGAACACAACACUAUGAGUAGGGUCUAGUGUUAUUUGGCUGCUGUUUUCUGUAAGGUGGAGGUACUUCCCCAGUUGGGCUCUGCUCUAGAUCUGGAAUGACAUCCACUGGGUGUGCCCUACCACACAGAGCGAGAUGACAUUCACAAUGCCCAUACCUCUCUUAUGGACGUAGUUUAAGGACGUAUCCGGGUCCACUCAAACUGACUAACAUUUGUUCAGCGACUUUUAAAAAUAACUUGUGCUUGUAUACUUUACAUUUUAUUCUCAGAUAUUGCAUUGCGCAUUUUGUUGUGUUUAAAGCUUGACAAGCAACCUCAAUUAAAAUGAUGAUAGCGUACAUUGAAAAAGUAAUUAAUUUGUAUAAAAAAUAGUUUAAAGACUUCAUAAUUUUAAAAAGUAGUUGAACAAAAUUUGUAUUGUUUGAGAAGUACAAUAUAUGUUUUAUAUAUUUGCUCGUGUUUCAGGAGUCACCCUGUAUAUUAAAAUGAACUCGAGUAAUAUUCAGAAUUUCAGAAUAACGUGGAAUAUUUUUUUUAUAAAUGUCAAGAAACGUGAAAUUGAAUAUUUUUAUAUCAUAUUAAAAGCCUGCAUAUAAAUAAUAAAUAAAUAAAAAGCCUGCAUAUGUAGGUUCACUGGACGUAAUUCUGAAGUAAACAUUUUUUCUGGCAAUGAUUAUACAUAUAGUAUAUACAGUGUGACCUUAGCCAUUGGACAAACCCUGAAAUCCCACGUAGGGUUACUUCUCAGGAAUGCUCUGACGUUAAUAUUUUUUUAAUUAGA